AUGUCUAUCCCAGACGGAGGAAACAAGGACGCAAUUAUGCUCCUCCGCACGUCGAAAAAGCUGCUUGAAAAAAGUGGCUUAUCGGCGGGGCACGCGUUAAUCGACUGUACCAAGUCGAACGCGGUUGUUCACGAUAUGAACGUGGAUCACACGGAUCAUGUGAUUGUGGAAGGAACAUCCCUCAGAAAAUUGGUGGCUCUCGACCAGAGCAGCAGUUUUCCCCUGGAGAUGGAAGAUGGACGUACAGCCGGAAGGGGCAGCGCUCGGCAGGGAAAGCUGAAAUACCCGGCUAUGUUCGAAGAAUGUGUGGCGAAGACACUGGCAGGGGAGGAUCGUGAGGACCUUAUUUCGCUUCUGAUGAGUUUCCAAGAUGUGUUCGCUGAAGGCAGCGAUUGCCUUGGGCAGUGUACUGUCUUGGAGCAUGCUAUACCUACGGGUAAUGCAGCGCCGAUCAAACAGUUACUAAGGCGACGCGCCUGGCAGGAACGAGAGCUCAUUAAGGCAGAGGUAGACAAGAUGCUGCGGCAAAGGGUUAUUGAACCUGUGCAAAGGCCCUGGUCAUCGCCAAUCGUCCUUGUGAAAAAGAAGGAUGGGAAGUGGUGA